GCCGUGGAAGGAUGGAUCAUCAUCGUCACUGGUCUCAACGAGGAAACCACCGAGGAAGAUUUACAAGAUCUCUUUGGGGAAUUUGGAGAGAUUAAGAAUUUGUCUAUGGCUUUAAAUAGGCGAACGGGUUAUGUCAUGGGAUACGCAUUGAUCGAGUAUGCUUUACGAGACGAAGCUGCCGCAGCUAUAAAAGGGACGAACGGGACUACAUUUUUGGAGAAGACCAUUACUAGCGACUACGCGUUUGCCAAAGGUCCAGCUGGGGCGAGAAGGAGUGCACCUCGGGCUCGAGGACGGGAUCGGUCUCAAUCGCCUGGAGGGAGAUGA